CUCUGAGGUCAAAAUGAAGUUCAAUCCCUUUGUAACCUCUGCCCGAAGCAAGAACCGCAAGAGGCAUUUCAAUGCCCCUUCCCACAUACGGAGGACAAUUAUGUCUUCUCCUCUUUCUAAGGAGGUGAGACAGAAGUACAACGUCCUCUCCAUUCCCAUUCGCAAAGAUGAUGAAGUCCAGGUUGUCCAAGGACACUACAAAGGACAGAAAAUUGGCAAGGUAGUCCAGGUUUACAGAAAGAAAUAUGUGAUCUAUAUUGAGCGUGUGCAGCGGGAGAAGGCUAAUGGUACAACUGUCCAUGUGGACAUUCAUCCCAGCAAGGUGCUUAUCACAAGGCUAAAACUGGACAAAGAUCACAAGAAGAUCCUUGAGCGAAAAGCCAAAUCUCCCCAAGUAGGAAAGGAAAAGAGCAAAUAUAAGGAAGAAACUAUUGAGAAAAUGCAAGAGUUAAAAAUUACACAGCUGCAAUUAAAUUUCUAGAAUGAACAAAAAAGAAGAUGGUGUCAGAGAACGGAAUUUGGAUUUCUGGAUCAUGACUUAAAAUCUCUGAAUGACAGACUUGGGGUGACCCAGGGCAUGAGUGUUUGUCUGGAGUUAUGAAAACUUAAUUAAAAGAGUCUUAUCUCCCAAAAGAUAAUGAAGGGAGAAAACUGCCACCCUACACUC